CCUUUUGUGUGACUUUGAAAAAUACUCAUAAUUCUAAUAAAAGUUUCUGAGAAGUUUUCCUUUCCUCUUUGUUAUGAUCACUCUUAUGAUAGUUGUUUGGCUAUCUUAACAUGGUAUCAUUUGCCAUGUCCUGGUGGUUCGUUGUCCGCUGUGUGUUUUGUUGAGCUGAUUCUUGUCUGUUGCGAUUUGUAGAGUUUCAACGGUUCUCAUCUGUUGCAGUUUUCAAUCAAGCGCUUGAGCAAGAUGAAUCAGAUCUGGUGUGUUGUUUCUUGUUUUGAUUCUCUUUCGACUAAUGCUUGGUUUCUUUCUGUUCUGAUUUGUUUACGAGGUCUACAUGUUGAUUGCAAACAUGUUUGUCUCGCGUUGAUUCAUUGGUAGAUGAGCAAACUAGUAAUUGUUUAGUGGUUGACUAUUUAUGGUUUUUUUUUUGUUUGUUGUGGUGAGAGGCAUGGUUGAUCCGCAGAUUGUCUCUCCGGUGAAUUCCAUCGGGAAUUACUUGGUUCUUUCUCCUAGUUUAUCAAGUGUUCAACAUAUUCCUAAACAUGACACUGUUAAACUUGCUGAAAAUACUUAUUUGCUUUGGAAGCAUCAAGUGUCUCUUAUUAUUGAUGGUUAUGGUUUAGUGAAAUAUAUUACUCCUGAUAGUGUUGUUCCGAGUUAGUGGAUCACGAAUGAGUUUGGUCAGAUUGAGGAGAAUCCUACCUUUGUUGUGUAUAGACAACAAGAUAAAUUUCUAGCAUCUUGGUUAUUGACGAAGAUUAGUGCGAAUGUUCUACCUCAUCUUACGGGUAUUACGUCUUCACUUACUAUUUGGAAUGCAAUAACACGGUUGUUUGGAGCUAGAUCUAAUGCUAAAAUUUUUGCACUUUGACAUAGUCUCUCAACAAAAGGUUGGUUCAUAUUUGAGUGAGUAUUUGGCGAAAGUGAAGUCUAUAUGUGAUAUGUUGAAUGCGGCUAGGUAUGUUGUUAUCGAGCAAGAGCAGGUCAGUGUUGUGCUUGCUGGGUUAUCCAUGGAGUUUGAGUCAAAUAUUGCCAUUGCAUCUCGUGAAGUCUUGUAUAUGUGCUUACUAAUAUGCUUCUCGAUUGUGAGGCUGAGCAAAAGUUUUUCUUAGCGAUGGUAUUUCGGCUGAUAUGACAGUUCAUUCAAGUGAUACUCGUGUUGGUGAUGUGCCUGCAAAGAUUUCCUCCGAAGGUGGUCAUUCUGAGAAACAAUCUUCUCAAAUGAGAGGGCAGCAAGGUAGCGGUUAUCAUGGUCAAGGUCAAGGAAGAUUUAAUGGCUCAAAUCAACUUCAAUGUCAGUUGUGCGGCAAAUUUGGUCAUACUAUUCAAAAGUGCUAUCAUCGGUUUGACAGGGAUUUUAUUGGGGUCGUUACUAGUGAUGUUUCGAAUGGUGACGGUUGGAAGCGGUCGUUGGGUUUGAGUGUUGAUAGUCACUCGUAUCCCAAUAGAGUGCAAGCUUACACUCAUUUUGUGGCUUAUCAUUACUCUACUUAUCCGGCUGGUUUGGUAUACCCAGCUUCUCUUUAUUAUGGAGUUCCAGGUAUGUCAGCUUCCUUUUACCAUGGGUUUCCUUAUUUGUCUGGUUUGAUGGCGUAUCCAUUUGUUGCGAUGCCGUUUGGACCCUCACCUGCUGAUACCCAUUUUAGUUCGUCUACUGUGACUACACCAUCGACAUCAUUUGUUUCUGCCUUACCCGGUGCUUCUUCGGUUGUGCCAACUCAGUCUAAGUUUGUUGAUGCUCUUUGGUAUCAUGAAACUGGUACAACUCAUCAUGUCUCGAAUGAUCUUUCGGUGUUUGACUCAGGUAUUGCCUACACAGGAUGCUCAGACUCGGACCAUUCUGUUGUGAGUGAAGCUCACGGAUGAAGGGUUGUAUCAUUUGCUUCCAUGUGUGGAAAAGGAACCUCGUUGUCUUGUGAAUAAUAUGUCAAAAUCGCAAACUCUCUUGGACCUGUGGCAUAGACGUUUAAGUUAUUAUUCUAUUAAGACUGUGAAGGUUGUUAUGAAAUCUUAUAAUGUGUUUUCUGAUGCAAAUAAUUUGUCCCAAGUUUGUACAGUUUGUUUGUAAGGCAAGACUCACAAGCUGCCGUUUUGUAAUU